AUGACGGUGGAGACCAGGUCUCAGUUGGCUGCGCGUUAUCGGGCGGUGGUGGAAGCGGUUCCAGUUAGGGGAGAGGGUGCUGGGUUUGAGGGCGAGGAGUUGGCGGCAGAAGAGAGGGAAGAAGUAGGGGCGCAAGCUGACCAGGGGGGCUGGUGGGAGGAUCUUGAGGCAGUCGAGAUGGCGUCUGGUGCAGGUGCGGAGGGGCGCCAGAGGUUUUCGGGAAAGAAAGGUGAUGGGUUGACCAUCAAGCAGUUCGAAUUGAUGGUCAAGGGGAGCCUGGGUGACAAGUUCAAAAAGUUGCAGAAAGACGUGGGGAAUUCGGUGGAGGGGCCGGAGUUUAACGGGAAGUACUGCAUCUACCUGGGCGAAUUCUUGGACAACCCUGCAAAGCUGGCUCAUGAAAGGGAAUAUGAGGCGCACUGCAGGGAGUCGGAUCCGGUGGCGGCGCUCUUGUCGUCCUUGAAGCGGCACUUCGAGGAUCACAAGGAGGGGAGGGCGCAGGAGUGGGUGCAAUUUAGGCGCGAGCCGGGGGAAGAGCUGCCGUCGCUGCUGUUCAGGCUGCAGGGGCUCGCCCUGGACUUGGAAAAGCCCGAGGGUGACCAAGAGUUGGUGACGAAGUUCGUCACGAGCCUUGACAGGCGCCUCGCGGAACAGACUAGCUCACAGGCGCUUGCAGCCACCAAGCAGGCGGGGGGGGCAUACACCUUGGAAGAGGUGUACGAGGCUGCUCUCCGGGUGUCAGCGAUCAAUGCUCGCUUGAAAAUAGCGAGGGAGCUGGCUCCCAAGCCAGCUGACGCAGGCAGGCUGAGGUGGAGCAGCAAGCCGGCAGGGGCGCACGCGGCCACGGUCCCAGAACCAGUGCACCUGGUGGCAGCGGCCCCCGUGGCUCCCCCGGGCGGCUCCGGGGCAUGCCACAAUUGCGGUUACUGCUUCACCGCGUGA